UAGGCAGACGUGCUAAUAGCCGGCGUCCAUGAGCCCUAGGGGACGCCCUGGUGGCUCAUCUGGAAGGAGAGGCAAACUCUGUCUCCCCUUCACUCGGUUUCGGCAGUUCCCUUGGUGAUAACUGCCAUCUGAAGAAGUUUCGGUUUUGAAGCGAGCUCGCGGUGGCCCAUGCGUAUAUGUGUUUCGUGGAGUUUUAACUGUUUCUGUAUUGUGGUCUAUUCUUCUUCUCUGACGGACGACAAUGGGACAAACUAUGACGACUCCUCUUUCCCUUACCCUAAGCCAUUGGACCGAAGUUCGGGCCAGAGCCCAUAAUUUUUCGGUAGAGGUAAAGAAAGGAAAGUGGCAGACUUUGUGUGCCUCUGAAUGGCCAACAUUUCAGAUAGGAUGGCCCCCCGAAGGAUCCUUUUUAUUAGACAAGAUUAAGCUGCUGAAGUCUAAGAUAUUUAAUAUAGAUCCCCACGGACAUCCAGACCAAGUACCAUAUGUCUUGGUCUGGGAAGAUUUAAUUCUCUCCCCACCUCCGUGGGUCCGGCCCUUUGUUUCCUCAACAGGUACGUCCGCGCAUACAUCAGGAGCGUCGGAGAUAUUAGCCUUAAAGAAAAACCCCAACACGGAAAAGCUACCUGACGCCCCGGAUCCACCGAAGGCGAUUUAUCCUGACCCGCAGUCCGAUUUGCUUCUUUUGGAUUCCCCACCCCCUUAUCCUCCGGCCCCAAAUCCCCUACCACCUAGAGGACCCCCAGCUCCACUGCCCUCGGCACCAAGGGAACCAUCCAUGAUGGAAGAAGAAAGGGGUCCCUCAGCGGGCACUAGGAGCCGGAGGGCUAUCUCCCCGGACUCCACUGCCCUACCUCUUAGAGAGUAUGGCCCCCCCGACGGCCAAGGGAAUAGACCUCUCCAAUAUUGGCCCUUUUCCUCUGCAGAUCUUUAUAAUUGGAAAAUGCAUAACCCAACUUUUUCCGAAAAUCCACAGGCCCUUACUGCUUUAAUAGAAUCUCUUGUUUUCUCCCACCAGCCCACAUGGGAUGAUUGUCAGCAGCUGCUCCAGACUCUCCUAACGACUGAGGAGAGGCAACGGGUUCUUUUAGAAGCCAGAAAAAAUGUAUUAGGCGCCAAUGGGCAACCUACCCAGCUGCCUAACGAGAUUGAUGCUGGUUUCCCACUCGUCAGGCCAAACUGGGAUUUCAAUGCCCCGGAAGACUCUCUCCCCUGAGCCAACCCUACUUUGCCUUCGAAUGGAAAGAUCCAACAUCGGGAAUGUCUGGUCAGCUGACAUGGACACGGCUACCUCAGGGAUUUAAGAACUCCCCGACCAUCUUUGAUGAAGCCCUCCAUCAGGAUUUGGCAUUAUAUAGAGAAUCAAAUCCCCAGGUAACAUUACUCCAAUACGUUGAUGAUAUUUUAUUAGCUGCUGAGACCCAAGAAGAUUGUAUCAAGGGUACUGAAAAACUGUUAACGGAACUUGGAACCCUGGGAUAUAGAGCCUCAGCCAAGAAAGCACAAAUAUGCCAACAACAGGUCAGUUACCUGGGGUAUCUAUUAAAAGGGGGGCAAAGAUGGCUCACGGAGAGCAGAAAGGAUACGGUGGCCCAAAUUCCGGCUCCCAAAAACGCCAGGCAGGUUAGAGAAUUUUUGGGGACGGCCGGAUUCUGUAGACUAUGGAUUCCAGGGUUUG